AUGGCGGCGAAAAAGAUCUACACCGUAUGGUCCCGAGAUAGAGAGAGGAAAACUUUAAUUUUGAUCGAUGAAAAUGACGUGGAUAUGUACAAAACCUUAAUUUUAAAGGCAUCCCAAAAGCUACAAGUUGACGGUUCAUCGUUAGCUUUGGAAUCUAACGGCACGCCAAUCGAUUCAGAAGUUCUACCGUACCUUAACCAGAUGGAUAUAUUGAUGUUAUUGGAAAAGAGUGAGACCUGGAAAUCAACCGAUUCAUUUUCUGUAGCAACAGGAAGUACGGUAACAAUCGCACAAUCGGAUAUCUCAGACUUGCUAUUGCAACCAUUUCCUGAAGGCGCCAUCUUUGAGGAGAGAGAAGUUCACCCAACUCCAACUGAAAAACCUGACUCUACACCUAUCGACAAUAUCGAUUUGACCUGCAAAGUAGAUUGCAAUUCAGAAUUUUUAUGGACUAAUUUUGAAAUCCCCUUAGAGAGACUAAAUAGUGAACAACUUGAAAACCUUGGAAAUGGUGUGAGAAAUAAACUCGAUAUUAAGUUUUUAGUCCAACUAAUUGUAAAUGACAUGAGACUAAUUAAGAAGGUCAUUCCAAUGAAAGCCUUCAAGAUUGUGGCUAAAAAACUUAUAGAUCGAUAUCCAUUGAUUUUUAGGGAUGUAGAUGAAGAUGGUGUUGUACUUGGGGAUGGAAGCCAUUCCUUAGUGAGCAAAUUAGUAGAAAGGAACAACUACUUAAACAGGCCACACAAAAGAAAAAGCACCGAAGCACAAUCUUCUCCAAUCGUUUCAAAAAAACGGGUUUUAAGCGCUAGAGCAGGCUGUGUAAAUUGGUCACCUGAGAUCGGCCACCAUGACAGUGAAAGCAUAAGCAAGUUAACUGAGAAUGCCGGAACUUCUGAUGAGCAAUUUGUGCAAUUAUUAGAAAAAACUUAUCCUCAAAUAAGAAAAGUGUUAAAUGAAGAAGAGCCACCCUUCUCUAAGCUAAUGGAAGAGUGGCCAUUGCUGUUCUCAAAAAAGGCAAUAUUUUGGCACUUCAACAAGCUAACGAACUCUGACAUCCAUUUAAUGGACCUCAUCACCAGCAAAUGCAAUAAAAUCACAUCAUUUUUAAAAACCAAGUUGAAAAAUGAUUUCGACGACACUAAUCUCGUAGAAAUUCGUACUAUCACAAAUAUUCAGUGGUCGAAGUGA